AUGUCUAGCCGCGCAGCAGCAUUAGCAGAGCUGCGAAAAAAUCGCGCUGGUGGGAAGACGCGUCUGUCAUCUUACCAGGUCGCCGAGGAAGAGCAAUUGUACGAUGAAGUUGACGAAGAAGGCUACAAGAAGGUCGUGAGAGAUCGAUUGGAUCAAGAUGACUUUAUUGUCGACGACAAUGGCGAAGGUUACGUCGAUGAUGGCAGAGAAGACUGGGAGGUUGAUGCCGCGACCGAAAGUGAAGAGGACGAUCACCCGAUGAAGGGCAAAGCUGCCAAGAGAAAACGCGAAGAAGACGAAGAAAGCAAGCGGAAGCGCGACAACGGCAUCAGCAAAUACUUCAGUGCAAAAGCAGCUGUGCACGCUCCGAAAGCUAAGCCUGUUGCCACUGCUGCCGACCAGGACUUCAUGGCCGAUCUGCUCGGCGAGAUCGAUACGAACAAGUCGCGAUCGCAGCCCCGCAUGCGCCCAGUAAAGAACGAGUCGCGACGAAAGACCCGUAUUUUAUCUCCGCCAAUAUCAGAAAACCGACAGAGCGUAAGCAAGAAGCCUACUAAUAGCUCUGACGCAUAUAUGCCCUAUACCCCUCCAGCAGAGAACGCGUACGAUGACGAUCCCUUACCUACAAUUGACGACGAUGUUCCCAUGAGCGAUCCACUGCCGUCUUCUCCAGUCGCGAAGGCUGUGGAGCGGAAAGCGCAGCCUUUAGUCAAGGUUGAGGAAGAGGAGGAAGACCUGAUGGAAGUGGCACAACCAAUUGGCCGUACUGGGAUUUCCUCGGCCAGUGUCAACAUGACAGGAAAGCGACCGGUAGCAAAGAUUGCGAAGCCCGAGUACUCUACACCUGCGAGUUCGUCUCCGCCACGCCCUACUCCUGCCACCAUUGAUGCUUCUUCGUGGAACGACGUUACAAAUAAGCUCAAUGUUCAGAGCAGCCCGGCGCCCGCGAUCACCACUAGCGUUGGCAAAUUGAAACCCGAAGCUGUGCUUGAAGAAGACGGCAGUUUGCGCAUGUUCUGGAUCGAUUAUACCGAGAUUAACGGAAGCCUGUGCUUAUUCGGAAAAGUCAAAGACAAGACUACGGGCAACUACGCAAGUUGCUUCGCAAAGGUGGACAACAUCCUCCGGAAACUGUACUUUUUGCCUCGGGAGACCCGUUUGAGGCGGGGACAGCAGACCGAUGAAGAAGUCGAAAUGAGCGAUGUUUACGAGGAGGUGGAUAACCUUAUGAGCAAGCAUCGUGUCACCAUGCACAAGAUCAAACCAUGCACCAAAAAAUAUGCUUUCGAGCUGCCGGAUAUCCCUAGAGAAGGUGAUUACCUCGAGCUGCUGUACGGAUAUGACAAGAUGCCCCUUUCGCAAGAUCUCACUGGCGAGACAUUUUCACAUGUCUUUGGUACAAAUACUGCACUUUUUGAGCAAUUCGUGCUCGGAAAGAAUAUCAUGGGGCCUUGCUGGCUGAAGAUUGACAACGCAGACUUUAAGUCCAUCAAUAACGCGUCUUGGUGCAAGCUGGAAGCCCUAGUCACCAAACCCAAUAAUAUCACCGCACUAGACAACUCGGACAACGUCGAAGCGCCGCCACUCACAUUGAUGAGCAUUUCCCUACGAACCAAAUUCAACGCCAAGGACAACAAGCAGGAAAUCUUGAUGGCGAGUGCCAUGAUAUACGACAACUUCUCGCUUACAGACACAACACCGGCGGACCAACUACCGUGCAAGAGCUUUACCAUCAUGCGGCCAAAUGGCGAUAAUUAUCCAGCCGGCUUCAAGUUGGAAGCUGAGAAGCAAAAAGGAACCAUCAUUUUGAGAAAAACCGAACAAGACCUGCUAAGUUACUUUAUGGCCAUGUUCCAACGUCAUGAUCCAGAUGUACUUGUCGGACACCGUCUAGAUGAUGUCGACUAUAGUACUCUGCUCAACCGUAUGCGCGAAAAGAAAACUCCCGGAUGGCAUCGCAUUGGCCGGCUCCGGAGGAACGACUGGCCUAGAAACAUGGGCAAGGGAGGUGGCAGCUUCUUCGUUGAAAGGCAACUGGCUGCUGGACGUCUGCUCUGUGAUCUUGCUAACGACCUUGGGAAGUCUCUUAUGACCAAGUGCCAGUCUUGGAGCUUGGAGGAGAUGUGUCAGCUCGUGCUCAACAAGCGCCGUCAAGAACUUGACAACGAACAAGCCUUGAGUUCGUGGGCUACCUCCAAAGAUGGCCUGAUGAACUACGUCAAGCAUUGCCAAGCUGAUGCAUUCUUCAUUGCUGCUAUCUCGAUCAAGGUCCAGAUGCUGCCUCUUACCAAGGUUCUCACUAAUCUUGCUGGCAACUCGUGGGCUCGCACCCUAAGUGGUACUCGCGCCGAGCGGAACGAGUACAUUCUUCUGCAUCAGUUUCACAACGAUAACUACAUCUGUCCAGACAAACAAUGGGGCAAAGGCAAGCAAAAAGAAGUGGAAGAAGCCGCUGAGGGUGAAGAAGGUGCGGACGCUAAGAAGAAGGACAAAUACAAAGGUGGUCUUGUUUUCGAGCCGGAGAAGGGCUUGUAUGACAAGUUCAUCCUUGUCAUGGACUUUAACUCUCUUUAUCCCAGUAUCAUCCAGGAGUACAACAUCUGCUUCACCACUGUCGAUCGUGCGGACAUUUCCGAGGAAGACGACAAGGUACCGGAAGUUCCUAGCCAGGAUCUGGAGCCUGGCAUUCUUCCAAAACUUAUCAAAACGCUCGUCGAUCGUCGUAGGGAAGUGAAGAAGCUUAUGAAAGACCGCUCCGCCACUGCCGAUCAGCUUGCGACGUGGGACAUCAAGCAACUUGCUCUAAAACUCACUGCCAACUCCAUGUACGGAUGUCUUGGUUACACAAAGUCUCGAUUCUACGCGCGACCGCUCGCCGUACUCACUACCUACAAAGGCCGUGAGACUCUGCGCAAAACGAAGGACAUGGCAGAGGAGAAGAUGUUACGUGUCAUCUAUGGUGACACUGAUUCCGUCAUGAUUAACACCAAUGUCGACAACAUCCAAGACGCUUUGAAAAUCGGAAACGAGUUCAAGAAGGAGGUGAAUGACAGCUACAAGCUGUUGGAAAUUGACAUUGACAACGUCUUCCGUCGUAUUCUUCUCCACGCAAAGAAGAAGUAUGCCGCCAUCAAUAUGGUCCCGGUUGAUGGGAAGUACGUUGAGAAGCUGGAAGUCAAGGGUCUUGAUAUGAGGCGAAGAGAAUACUGCGCACUGUCAAAGGAGACCUCGACAGAACUACUCAAUUUCUUGCUUUCUGGCGAAGACCCGGAAACUGUUGUUCAAAAGAUCCAUGAGUACCUACGAACACUCAGCGAGAAUAUGCGCGCCUACUCCAUUCCCGCUCGCAAGUACACAAUCUACACGCAGCUCGGCAAGAACCCGAAAGACUACCCUAAUGGCAAUUCCAUGCCCUCCGUACAAGUCGCUCUUCGCCUGAUGGAGAAGGGCAAGCACGUCAAGGCGAAAGACGUCAUGAGCUUCAUCAUUACAGGUGACAGCUCUGGUAGUGCCGAAUCUGCUGCAAAGAACGCAUACCCUGUCGAUGAAGUGCUCAAGGAGGGCAGCGAACUAAAGCCGGACAUCGAUUACUACUUGCACAAGCAGAUCCUACCACCAGUCGAACGUCUCUGCGCCCCUAUCAGCGGCACGAACAUCACCAUGCUCGCGGCCUGCCUCGGCCUCGACACAUCCAAAUACCGUGUCUCAACAGGCUCCGGCUCCGCAAACACACAAGACGUCGAAGUACAGCCUCUGGAGUCGCAGAUCCCGGACGCAGUCCGCUUCCAGAAUUGUACGCCAUUGUUUCUCCGUUGCAGAGCAUGCCACACUACGUUCCCCUUUCGUGGUAUCGCGUCAUGUUCUUCUACUACGACCGCACUCGGACACAAUGGCAUCACAUGCCCGAAGGCGGAGUGCAGGCAAGCUCUCACUACACUUGGUAUCGUCGCCCAACUCGAGUCCGCUAUCCGCCAGACUCUCGCUUCAUACUAUGCCGGCACGCUGAGGUGCAGCGAGCCUGACUGCUCCUGCACUACGCGCUCUAUGUCUGUGUACGGACAUCGCUGCUUGGGGCCGAAGGGCCUUGCGAAGGACUGUUUAGGCAAGAUGUCGUACGUGUACUCUGAAAGAGACAUCUACAAUCAGAUGCUGUACUUCCAAUCGCUAUUCGAUGUCGAACGAUUGGGCAAGGAGGCGAACGGCAUCAAUGGCGUAAAAGUAGAGGGCGAGGCUGAAAGUAGGGAGAAGAUGAAGGUAAUGGCAGAUAUUAACAGAGAGAGGUUAGGAACGUUGAGGGGCGUUGUUAGCAGUUGGCUAGAGCGGAAUGGCAGACAAUGGGUACAGAUGGACAGGCUGUUUGGAUUUGUUGCAAAGCGGUCAUAA